AUUGCAAGACUAUAAAUAUGCCAAAUAAUAUAUAUAUUCAAAAUAAGAAGAAGAUUCAACAAGAGUUUUGAAUGAGCUGAGAGCACUGUAGCUACAAAGAAAACAACAGAAAUUGGUUUCUUCUCUCGCUUGAUUGAUUCGGAAUUGGACACUCUGAUUUUCGCAGUUGCUUUCCGUUGAAUGAAAUACAAUGUCGUCGUCGACGUCGUCUUCAUCGAUACUCGCGCCGACUCAGAGGUACGCCGCCGCCGCCCUUCUCGGGUUGGCCCUUUACCAGGCCCAGAUCCACCAGACCCGUCCUUUGGGGGUUCCCUCCGAUGGCGGCGAAGACCUAACCCAGGAUCGCAUCAGCAGUGGUAGCAGCAGCAGCAGCGAUUCCGUCGCCGAAGACCCCCAGCUUUGGGUGCACCAGUCAUCCUCUCUCCUCCGCCCUGUCUUCAAGUUUCUAGAGAUUGAUCCUAUAGCGUGGACUGGAAUUGAGGAAACUGCUGGUCAUGCACCAGCCAAUCGUCAUGUGGGAGCGUUUCUUAGGUUACUCUCUGAGGGAAGCGGGGAUGAUUCUUCUGAAGCACUGGACAGGGAAAUUACUUUGGCAAACAGUAUAGAUGCUAUGGCAUCAAGCAUAGAGAAAACUGUUGAUAUUGAAUCUGAGAAGGAGAAGCUGCGUGAAUAUGAGAAUGAAUGUCGAGAGAAAUUCUCAACUGCUGACUCAGAGUCAAUGCCUGAAGGGGAAGCUACUCAUGUUGAAAAUCAACAGGUGACUGAGACCAUUGGCAAACCAUCUAGCAGUGGACAUGCACAUAUGGAGCCUAUUAGUGGGUUUGAUGAAAAGCCAGCAAAAGACUUGAAGGUCCUUUCAUAUCAUAGGAAAUUGGCAGUUCUGUAUGAACUUCUUUCAGCUUGUCUGGCAGCUAUACCAGAGGAUAAUAAAAAUGCUUCUACUCAACGAAGAAGGGGCUAUGAUGCUCGAUAUCGUGUGGCUUUGCGGUUACUUGCAACUUGGUUUGAUGUCAAAUGGGUUAAAGUGGAAGCUAUUGAGACCAUGGUUGCUUGUUCAGCAAUGGCUUUAUUGAAAGCCCAAGAAUCCAAGGAAGAAGCCGAAUCUUCUAAAAGCAGAUGGGCUAAGUGGAGACGUGGAGGUAUAAUAGGUGCAGCAGCAUUGACAGGAGGAACAUUAAUGGCGAUUACUGGUGGUUUAGCUGCUCCAGCCAUUGCUGCCGGGUUUGGUGCUUUAGCUCCAACAUUGGGAACUCUUGUUCCUGUAAUUGGAGCAAGUGGGUUCGCUGCUGUUGCAACUGCUGCAGGAAGUGUUGUUGGCUCUGUCGCAGUUGCUGCAUCAUUUGGAGCUGCCGGAGCGGGACUUACAGGGACUAAAGUGGCUCGGAGAAUAGGAGAUGUUGAUGAAUUUGAGUUUAAAACAAUAGGGGAAAACCAUAACAAAGGCCGGCUAGCAGUUGAGAUAUUAAUCACUGGAUUUGUUAUCGAGGAGAGUGAUUUUUUUAGACCUUGGGAAGGCGAAUACAAUAACUUGGAAAGAUAUGCACUGCAGUGGGAGUCUAAGCAUCUAAUUGCUGUAAGCUAUGCAAUUAGGAAUUGGCUUACUUCAAGUAUUGCUCUUGAAUUAAUGAAGCGAGGUGCCAUGAUGACAGUAUUGAGCUCUAUCUUAGCAGCAUUGGCUUGGCCAGCAACAUUACUUGCUCUUACUCAUUUUAUUGACAGCGAAUGGACUAUUGCUGUAGACAGAAGUUCUAGUCCUAUGCUGCAGUACAAAAGCAAAGCAUUCUCUUUCUUUUUACGUCUUUCUGCCUUUCUGGAAGAAAUUGCCAUCAGUUUCCUCCUGUAUAUUUGUAGAUCUGAUAAGGCUGGAAUACUGCUGGCAGAGGUGCUGCAGAAAGGAUUGCAAGGGCACAGGCCUGUGACACUAGUUGGUUUUUCACUAGGGGCAAGAGUAAUCUUCAAAUGUCUUGAGAUUUUGGCUGCCAGUGGCAAUAAUGCUGGACUUGUAGAAAGAGUUGUUCUUCUUGGGGCGCCAAUUAAGAUUAGAGAUGUGAACUGGGAAGCAGUUAGAAAGGUGGUGGCUGGGAGGUUUGUUAAUGUCUAUUCUACAAAUGAUUGGAUGCUUGGAAUUGUCUUUCGUGCUAGUCUCCUCACUCAAGGGCUAGCUGGGAUUCAACCGGUUGAUGUUCCUGGAGUCGAGAAUGUUGAUGUAACAGAACUCAUUGAUGGUCACUCUGCAUAUUUGUGGACUAGCCAAGAGAUUCUAGAACUGCUUCAGCUGGACACAUAUUAUCCUGUUUUUGGUCGCGCUUCUGUCAAGAGAUAAGACUUGCGUCAUAUUUUGCCGUUAAUUUUCAGCUUACAAGACAGGGUACAGAAUUCAAAA